GCCAGAUCCAAAAACAAAGUAUUGAUGGUUUUGACCUAAAAGGCAGUGGUGCCUACGUUUUUUGAAAGGAGCCAAAGCCUUUGGUCCCAACGAUCGAUGUGGAUUGAGUUUUUCAGGAUUUAUUGAGUUUUGGCUACCUAGCAAACGUCAUUGAUCAUCAUUACCAUGCUUGGAGAGAUGGAAAGACGGACAUGCGACUAUCUUUGUGUUUAGGUGAUCUCGAUGUGGAAAGUCGAUAAAUUGCAGCAGCAAAUCUUCCUUAAUGAGAGACAAGGAGAUCCGAUGAUGCAGAAGCUCAUUUAAAAUGCCUACACGUGCCGGGAGAUUUCGCCAUUGCAAGUCAAGCCAUUGGGACUCAAAUGCUAUACAAAGUGCAAGAUUCGUGUGGCUGGAGUAAUUUGUGCGAAUCAUGUUUUUUCGACCAAAGUUUUGACGAAGUCACUGGAAUUAAUUCAAACAAAAUGUGCGUGACCCUUUGCGUCGACAGUAUGCAAAAGCAUCAGCAUGAUUUCGGAAUUACGACAUCUAAGUUCUAUUUGGCGCUUGCGCCGCUGUGUGACCUGACGUUAUUGAAGUGCCCGAAACUCAUUGGACGAGACGUAAUCAAUUUAUUCAGCAAUGGCAGUUGAGCCUUGACGCAGCUUUUCACUGAUGACAUGGGUAUGUCCGAG